GGUUUUCACUUCCAACACAGGGACUCUCGUUGUUGAUAAAGAGAAGAUGCACCUUUUUCACGUCUACGUGUGGCCGUUGCUCGGUAUUUUAGCGGGAAAUAGUGCAAAGGGGUCAGGAAUCAGUGGAACGAAUGGCUACGUGGAGUACUUCCCAGGUACGGCGGAUUCCAAGGUUAUUAUCACAGCCUCACAUGGAGGCUAUCUCGAACCUAUCAGCAUACCUGAUAGAACGAAAGGAUGUUUGUCAGGAGCAGCCUGCAUAUGGACCCAUACUUGUGGUUCUAUGAACUCCCAAUGUACCGCCAAGACUCUUAGAGACACCAAAACAAAGGAACUGGCUACAGAACUCACUGCAGCCUUGGGGACUCAGACGGGAAAGCGCCCACAUUUGAUCGUUAAUCAUCUAAAUAGAAGAAAAUUGGACCCCAAUCGAGACACUGAGGAGGCAGCAUUCAACGUUUCAGCUGCCGUGACAGCAUAUAACGAAUAUCACAAAUUUAUCACCGACGCACGUGCCCACAUCACUGGUGCGGGGCUGCUCCUUGACAUUCACGGGCAAAGCCACCCUGAGAAGUGGAUUGAACUGGGCUACUUGAUAAGCAAAAGUCGUCUAAAUACGGACGAUCUCAAACCCACACUUUCUUCCAUCCGUUCCUUGUACAACAGACACAGUACAAGCAUGAAUUUUGACGCCCUUCUACGUGGUACCAACAGUUUCGGCGGUUUACUGAGUAGUCACGGGUACAAGGUUGUUCCAUCCCCGGGAAACAUGUCACCCGGAUCAGGGAACUUCUACAGUGGGGGCUACACAGUUAAGACGUAUGGUUCGCGUUAUGGUGACUCCAUUGAUGCCAUACAGAUUGAAUCACCGUAUGCCUUGCGUACAUCCGAACGUGCCACCUACGUGGCAGCUUUGACAGCCGUGGUCAAGGACUUUCUGAAAUUGUACUAUUAAUAUAAUUCUGUGUUUCAGACUUAAUCGUGUUAUAUCAACAGGUAAUAAAGUUGUAUGGAUUGCGAAUGGACUCAUGAAAUCAUUUUGACAUAACGAAUGGAAGGCAUUAUUUUGUAUUGUUUAAUGUUAUUUGUUGUUCUUCUUUUCUGAAUUAAAACACUUAAACUGUAUACCAUAAAACGCAGACUUGUUUGUGAUGAAGUGAAAUAUUAUUUGUCCUUUGACUGACCUUGCAAUCGUUCGAAAUUAAAAGUACACGUCUUACGGGACAUAAUUCGUACUUAAAUGAGCCGCCAUAACUUUGAUGUGUUUUAACUAUAUCAUUUUGUUGUAUUUUAUGUGUAUUUA